CGCCUUGUGACGCGGCUGAAGCGAUAGUAUCUUUCAUAUUCUCCUUCUUGAUGCCAUCUACUGAAUGCAGCUACGAAACCAACAUGAUGCGGGCAUGCUGUCACCAAACCACACUGACCGCCGCGCACGGGCCACCAGCUCGCGUCGCCCAGGCGCGUCUCUAUUCACUCCUUUCUCGACGGCCAUCCACAAUUCAAGCUACUGUACAUCAUGACUGCAAACGGCUGUCAUCGCCGAAUGCUCCGGCUCCACAUCUUUGUAACCUUGUCUAACGAUGCUACGUGAGUAGCGACGAUGUGGCGAAGGAUCUACCUCCUCCUCGUGGCUGUGCGGCUUUACUUCGCCCUGCAGCCGAGUUAUAUCCAUCCCGACGAACACUUCCAGGGCCCUGAGAUCAUCAGUGGCGAGGUCUUUGGCUGGCCAACAUACCAAACCUGGGAGUUCUCAUCCGAUCAUCCAACCCGCAGUCUCUUUCCUCUAUGGCUUGCGUACGGCUUUCCCUUGACGAUUCUGAAAUGGAUCUGGGAAGGCCUUGGACACGGCGACGUACCUCCUCUCGUCGCCUUCUACACCCUCCGCACCCUUAUGUUCGUUCUCAACUUCGUCCUGGAAGACUGGGCACUCCACGAACUCCUUCCCGUCUUGCGCGAACGCCGUCUCGCCAUCAUCCUCGUCGCCUCCUCCUACGUUACCUGGACCUUUCAAACCCACACCUUCUCCAACAGCAUUGAGACCCUGCUCGUCCUCUGGUCCCUCGUACUCGUCCGCCGCAUACGCGAGCACGAGGAUCGCAACAUGUUCGACUGCUGCAUCGGCCUCGCUUUUCUCGGCGUUCUCGGCGUCUUCAAUCGCAUCACCUUUCCUGCUUUCCUUGUGAUACCCGCGCUACAGCUUGUACCGCACCUCCUCGUCCGACCGCUCCGGCUCCCCGUUCUCGCCCUCUCCGCCUUCUUCUUCCUGGCUAUCGCGAUGACCAUGGAUACCGAAUACUUUCACGACAUCCGUCCUCGCGUGCGUGAUCUCUACAACAACGCCGUCUUCACCCCUUGGAACAGUCUGACCUACAACCUGGACAAUACCAACCUGGCUGAACACGGCUUGCAUCCUUUCUGGCAACAUUUCCUCGCCAAUCUCCCGCAACUUAUCGGCCCCGCCUUUCCCUUGCUUAUUUUCUCCAGCCGCAAGGACGCCUUGUUUUGGUCCGGCAUUAUCGGCAUCACUGUCCUCUCCUGUUUCCGCCACCAAGAGCCGCGCUUUCUCCUCCCCGCAAUCCCCCUCUUACUCUCAUCCAUCAAACUACCCAGGCACUUUCCCCGCCUCUGGCUCGGCACUUGGAUCGCCUUCAAUGUUCUCGCCGGCACCCUCUUUGGCGUCUACCACCAAGGAGGCGUCGUGCCCUCCCAACUCUGGCUCUCGGAGCAAAGCAACAUCUCCCACGUCCUGUGGUGGAAGACAUACAGUCCUCCUCGCUGGCUCCUGAAUGGCCAGAAUGAGCAUGUUCUCACGACAGAUCUCAUGGGCAUGCCUGGCGAGAGUAUGGUGGAGAGUCUCCUUACGACGCUCUCUGGUUGCAAAGCGAAAAAUCGUCUCCAGUCUACUACGCUUCUAGUUGCUCCGUCAAGCGCGAUCUUCCUUGACUCCCUGACGGGUGCUACUGCGCAACAUCCUAAACUGCAGUUGCAAGAGCUCUGGAUGCACCGCCAACACAUCGGCCUCGACGACCUCGACUUUGGCGACGAUGGAAUCUGGCCUACUUUACAGCGAGUCAUUGGACGAAGAGGGCUAGUAGUCUACCGCGUUGACAGAAAAUGCUAAUCGAAUCCUUCCCCUUCCUUACAAACUA